AUGUUGGAGCCUGGGACCUUGUGCCUCUGCCUUGCCUCCUCGGAGGAGCCAACUGCUGAUGGCCUCACAUCAACUUCCCUGCUGGAGUUUGCCAUGAUGUCCCACCUGGAGGCCAUGAAUUCACAGGAGCAAACCAGCCCGGAGGCUUCGGAGCCUGAUCUUGCUCCUGGCUCCCUGCAUGCUGCCCCGGGAUCAGGCUUUGCCAGUGAGGAGAAUGAAGAGUCCAAGAUCUUACAGCCCCCACAGUACUUCUGGGAAGAUGGGGGAGAGCUCAAUGACUCCAGCCUGGACUUGGGACCGGCAACAGAUUACAGCUUUCCUGCUGCAUCUCAGAAGGCCCUGCUGAAAGGGAAUGGGACACAGGUGAAAGACAACUGGGAAACAGCCACUGUCCAGCCGCCAGCAGAAUUUGUUGAGCCUGACUUGCACACGCCUUUCUCCAGCACGCUGGAGGAAGAGGAGGGGCUGCUCCCUAUAGACCACUCAAGAGGAGGCGUGGAGAGCCUCCGGACCUCUGAGCCAGAGGUUACAUCUUCUGAACCAGUGGGCCAAGAGGACUCUUUCUCCCUCCUGUUUUCCACAGCCUCUGCCAGGCCAGGUGUUGUGACUGAGGCAGCCACAGGAGGGCGAGAAGAGGACUCUGUUCCUCCAGGCUUAGACCUUGGGAGCAGCAUGGGACCAGGUCUUCUGCCUGUGUCCUCUAUUUUUUCUACUACCACUGCUGCGAGGUCUCCCAGUAUUUCAGAAGAGCCCUUUGAGGUGACAGGUGGGGACAUGUGGGCUGUUGGCGGAGCAGAUUUGGAGCUGACUGUGACUACCACAAGAGCAGAGCUUGCAGAGACCACAGUGGAGGCUGGUGGGGAAGAGCAUUCAGCCAGAGAGAAGGUCUCAGAGACCACGGUGGGGUGGGAGAUGCUGGAGCCCACAGUGCUAACUGAAAUGGAGCAGACUGCAGAAAUGCCUUUGGGGACACCUUCUCCUGGCGGCAGAUCCACAGGCACCCACACUCUUUCUGGCAGUGAGCAGCACCCCACUUCUUCUGUAUCUCCGUGGGACAGGGCUGACGAGCCUGCACUGGAUCCCAUUUGGAAUGACACCGAGUCAGCCACUGAGACUAUGGCAGAAGAGAUGAGCUUGUCGCCGCAGGCUGGGGACACCCGCAUGGCCAUGCUGCCGUCAGAGCUGCCCUGGGACUCAGCACAGGUGAUCUGCAAAGACUGGAGCAACCUUGCGGGGAAAAACUACAUCAUCCUGAAUAUGUCGGAUAACAUUGACUGUGAGGAGUUUCGGCUGGAGAGGGGUCCCCAGCUGUUGGCACUGGUGGAGGAUGCCUUCUCCAGACAGGCGGACGGACCGCAGGACCGCUGGCUGAUCUCUCUGAGCAAACCCAAUGAGAAUGACAAGCACUUGCUAAUGACACUGGCAGGGGAACAGGGCGUCAUCCCUACAAAAGAUGUUCUCAUGGCACUGGGGGAUGUUAAGAGGAGCUUAGCCGAGAUUGGCAUCCAGAACUACUCAACUACCACAAGCUGCCAGUCGCACCCCAACCAGACACGCAGCGAUUAUGGGAAACUUUUUGUGGUACUGGUGAUCAUCGGCUCCAUCUGUGCCAUCAUCAUUGUAUUGGGGCUCAUAUACAACUGCUGGCAGAGACGCCUGCCCAAGAUGAAGAACAUGUCGCAUGGCGAGGAGCUGCGCUUUGUUGAGAACGGCUGCCAUGACAACCCCACCUUGGAUGUGGCCAGUGACAGCCAGUCGGAAAUGCAGGAGAAGAAGCCAAGUGUGAAUGGUGGAAACACCAUCAAUGGCCCCGACAGCUGGGAUGUCCUGAUCAAUAAGCAGGCGAGCGAGGAUGUGGAUGUGUUUGAGGAAGACACGCAUCUUUAG